GGCUGCUCCUUCAGCCUACAUCCUGGGAUGGAAAGAAAUGUGGAGCUCAGCAGAGCCAAAGCAAGCCAGAGCUGACCUACAGAACUGGAAGCCAGAAGUAAUGUCAGGAGAAGCUUUCCCAUCUGAAAGAUAAUGAAACACCUGCUAUUCCUGAGGAGUCCACUAGAGGAUGAGACUCAUCCAACUAUCCAACCUAGAGAAAAGUGGGGAAACUUUGGCAAAAGGACUGAUGUCAACGCUGAAGUCCAGAUGGCAAUGCAAGAACCCCCUCUGAUUGCAAGAAAUUGUCAGAAGAAGUUAUCCAGUCCUCUGAUUGUGGGAAUCUGUACCAAGCUGGCUACAGCUCUACAAAGGCGAGAUUUCCAGAAAGAAUGCUGCCAAUCGCCAGAGGCAGACAUGUUUAUCAAGCUGUGUAUCUUGAAGUCUGACAUAAAAUCUGUGGCCUUUGGUACAGCUGAAAAACACUCUGUCGACACCAUGGAGAGUGCAAGCCCGUGGUGCUGGCCUCAACCCAAGGAGUGCAGGGGAACGGACAAAAAUUUGACUCAAGGCCAAAAAUUACAAGAUGAGGGAAAGUCAGACUUGAGGCGAACAAGCCUUUUCCAUCGAGUCUGUUUAAUAUCUCGUGUAAGCAUCCAAACCACAAAUCGGUCAGCGCUUAGGUGAAAAGACAAGUUUUUCUCCCUUUUGGAAAGCUAUUUUGCUUAAGCUCCUAUGAAUACAUCAAUUAUAUUAGCCCUGAGAGUGUCUGUCAGUGCAAUGUUAGAAGGCCCACUAUUUUUCAGACUGCCCACGUCAGACACAAAAUACCCUUCAAACUCCCUGCCCUGAAUUGCUUGGGCCAAAGAGAGCUUGAGAGCAAAAGGCAUAAACGCCACAGCAUUGACAGUGAGAAGAGCCACUGGUUUUAAGUAAACUUGUAGUCAUAUUUAUCAGCUUAAUAAAAUCCGCCCAGCACUCGUGGGCCAUCAAAUUCUUCAAGUCAGGAAAAAUGACUCUUCUGUGACAGAAAGUAUAAGGCCAAACAGCAGGUUGCCAGCAAGACCGCCUCCCCUGCAGGCCAGCUGGGCUCGGAGCUUUGGGAAGGCAAGUUUGCAAGAGCCUAGGCCUGUUGCAGAAAUACUCUGUCCUCGGUUUUUCCUUCAGGGCCAGGUCCCUGGAUUCCUGGAUAAGACAUUUACAAUAUGUGGGCACCACACUGAAUCAGGACUGUGUGCAGAGAAGCAAACCAGGUCUUUCCAUAUAGAUAGGGAAAAAUAAUCAUAACAGUUCAUUGUUGUGCAGCUUCCAAUGGACUCCAGUGUUACCUGGUAAUCAUCAGUCAGCUGCCAUCACCCUCAAUCUUAAAGGUGUCAUUUUUGUACUUCAGGUAUUCUUUCCAGAGUCCCUCUGCCCCUUCUUCUCCCUGUCUUAUCUGUCCCCGAUCUCUGCCACCCUCAGUUGCUUACAUUGGCCAACCAGCCUGAAAUGGGAGAGGUUGAAUCCUUCAUGCUAUGUGCGUAGCCAACAUUCCACAAGAUUUAUGUCACUAACGCCUGUGAAAAUGACAAAUGGUGGGAAAGAGGGCCAAAAAGGGAAGCAAAAAUAAAUCCAACUAUGAUUUAACGAAGGAUGGCCCAGUACCUGUACCUAGUGGGUGCUGUGAUAUCUUGGGGGACAUGAGUUUAAUAAGAGAAAUAAACUGCCAUAUGAGGAUCUUUAAAAUGCUCUCGUUUUCCAUUCAAAAUCUCUUUAGAAAAGUUGCUCUUUAC